AAGGGGCGGAGCUCGCCCCGGAGAGGAGACCCUGCCUGCCGCCAGCAUCUCUGCUGCCGCAACAUACCACAAUCCUGCAGGUGCUCUCCUGACCGCUCCAGCCAGACACUCAGCAGGUGAUGGCAGGGGAAGGGAUCCGGGUUUUGGAGGUAACCAUGUGCCUGCCGCCCAUACAAGAGCGGGAUGCACACCUGGUCCGGUCCCGUGUCCCCGGAGCUGAGACGCUUAGGCCCUGCAACCCCGCAGCCAGCCCUGGAACUGCACCGCCUUCCCCAGAAAACACUGGAGAGAACUCUGCCUCCAGCGUUCUGAACCUGGAUGGCUGCCAGAAGGGAUCGGGUACUGGGGUGGGGACCAAAGGAAAGACUGAGGAAGUGACGACUGAGGAAGACUCUGUAGCCGCGGAGGAGCCUGCAGAGGUGGGGGAGAAGCUGGAAGCCCAGGCGAGUCUGAGGCCUCUGGACCUCAGGGCUCUUAUUGUGGACCCUCUAGAGGCCAUCCAGUGGGAGUUAGAGGCCACGAGUGCCCAGGCUGAUGGGGCCCACCUGCAGCUGGUGCGCAGGUUUGGGAGGAUGCGUCGGUUGCACCUAGCCCGUAGGAGCUUCAUCAUCCAAAAUAUCCCAGGCUUUUGGGUCACUGCCUUCCUGAACCACCCACAGCUAUCAACUAUGAUCAGCCCUAGGGAUGAAGACAUGCUUGGCUACCUGAUGAAUUUGGAGGUGAGAGAGCUCAGGCACUCCAGAACAGGUUGCAAGUUCAAGUUCCUGUUUGGGAGCAACCCUUACUUCAGAAAUGAGGUGAUAGUGAAGGAGUAUGAGUGCAGAGCCUCAGGCCAUGUGGUGUCCAUUGCUACUCGCAUCCUCUGGCACCGCGGCCAGGAACCUCCGGCCUUGGUGCACAGGAACCGGGACACCGUGCGAAGCUUCUUCAGCUGGUUUUCACAGCACAGCCUCCUAGAAGCUGACAGGGUGGCCCAGAUCAUUAAAGAUGACCUGUGGCCCAACCCUUUGCAAUACUACUUGCUGGGGCAAAGGCCCUACAGAGCUAGACGAAGCCUUGCAAGGCGGCCAGCAGAGGCUCCGCCAAGGCCCUAUGGGUUCCAGUCUGGCUAAGUCCUGCUCAGGUGCUUGGUGCUUACACAGGACUCCUGCUCUCUGUCUGUCAACCUACCUAUGUCUCAGCCACUGCUCUGCUGUCUGCCUUCUCUUCUGUGACUUCUGACUCCUCGGCGUGUUUGGUGGACUUGGGGCCAAGGCUGUGAUCUUCAUGCUGUUCUGUGUCAACACUAUGUGCCUCUCAUGCCACUGUACUUAUAGCAGGCACCCAAUGUUAUUGAUGGAUACUGUCAUCAUGGCUGUGGCCUGGACCCACAUGUGAAACAUGCCCUUUCACUCACUUGCCACCACGACUGACAAGGCUUCAUGAGGACCAGCUCCUGUUGGAGGCCUAGCUCUUCAAAGCUUGACAAGUGCUGACUGUCCCAAACUGAGGUGUGACACCUAAGACGAAGUGGGUGCAUUUGGCCCUGAUGGUCAACCAGACGGGUAUCCCAUGGCUCCAAGACCAGACAGACAGAGCAGCUCCUACUGACUGAACUAUUGAGCAUCUGCAACUUGGACAGCCAAGUGAUGAGACAUGGGCGGGGCCUAGGGCCUGAAGUACACUAUUCCUGAUCAUGCUUUUCUUCUCCUCCUAUGUGUGCCCCUCCCAUAGCCUGCUGUUGACUUGUGAAGACCCUUGUUGUACCCUCCCCAUGCCUGGCCAUUGCCUUUUUGAGGAGUUCUACCUUGUCUACCAUCAUCCCUGUUGCCUGCUGUCAGUGUCGUGAGCGCUCCUACUACCACAGAGAUUAUAGCAGGCUGGCAUAUCUGGGCAUGUGCUCAAGGCAGGAGCAAGGCUGGGAGUCCUUUAAGAAGCCUCAUUCCGAGACCUACACAGAACCCAGACCUCUUGUCAGCGUCUCCUACACCUACCUGUUUUUAAGCUUCCGGGUUGUGGGUCCCAGAGAAGGGAGGCGUCUGGCCCUGGGGCUCACUUCCACUGGCAGAGAUCUCACAUGGAUUUUAAUGGAACAACGCUGAAGCAUAACUGAAGAUGCUAUUUGUUUCCCCCAAAUAGCUAAGGAGACCUGUUCUUGAAUAUGCCUGUUUUGAGUGAAGAAGACUGAACUCUGAACUGCCCGUGCUUUUUGCCCCCUUUGCUCUGGUUUCUCUAGCGAGGCUUAGAAUAUCCAGAGUGUCCAGUGCCGGGCAGGGGCAGGGACGGUUAGUCACAUUUUACACUGUGUUCUUUGAAAGAAACUUUAGUCUCCCCUCCUCCGCCCUUCUACCCCUUGUGGGUUCCUAUAGAUAAAAAGGCUAAACUGCCCUACCCUCCGAGUCCCCUCCAGGUUGUCAUCUCACAAAAGGUCUUGCUCUCUGCUCCCUAGGACAUGGGGGCAUAAAAUAAUGGAAAUGGAGAACCCUCAUCUCCCUUUCUUUUGAUUCACCAAUAUAUUUUGUAAAUUGGAAGAGAAACAUAAUAUUGCCAUGUCUUGACUCUUUCCUGGUCCGGUAAUGAGCUUGUGUGAGCAGGAAGUUAACGUGGUUUCCAUUUUGUGCCUGUUGAGUAAGACCCAUGCAUCAUCAACUUCUCUGCCUUUACUGAAAAACUGAGCGCACAGGCCUGCUUGUGUUUAGUAAGGUAGCUUUGCACCUCAUAACUGCUCUGUACCGCUUGGGCAUUUGUGACCGUUUACUGUUAUUAAGUUGUAGCCUGGCACUAUAAUUUUAUCUUACAAACAGAGUUUGAAUCUUGUGACUUUGCAGGACUUAAGGCUGGGCAUCGUUACUGUGUUCUGUGCGAGUAACCCCCAGAGGAAGCCUUGAAAUGGAUGGUCUUGAUGCUUCUGGACCUCCUGAGCCCUAUUCCAACUGACCUGUUUCCAAAUGGAGAAAUGUUCCAGGUGACUUUGUGUAGUCCGAAGAGGGUUUAAUCUCUGACAUUUAUGAUAAAGAAUAAAAACCUUCUGAUCUGGCAGAAAAAUAA